CUCCGGUGCUGUGCACAUUGGUCUCUUAGCCUCGCUCUCUGUCAGCGUCCCCUUUUCUCUUGGCCUUUCUCUCUCGUGCUGCCCCCCCCCGCCCCCUCUGCUGCCUUUUUACCCCCCCCCGUGUAUCAUUGAGAUCUAAGUGCGAACUUAGCACCUAAGACUUGGCGCAGACGGCAGUCCCGAGGACUAUUAGUUUGCUGUUUCAAAAGAUUGGCGUUGUCAUGUUAUUCGCUCGGGUGAAUAACCUGGAUUUGAAGCUCUUUUCAUGGGUUGGUCUGAUGGUGAUUUUUGGGUUGUCAUGUUGCUCUGCAUACACUAAUGAAGUAGAUGUUUAUGCUAUAAAUAGCUUUUAUGCUGCCCUGGGUUCACCUCCUCUUCCUGGAUGGGUCCCGAAUGGAGGAGAUCCCUGCUUGGAGAACUGGCAAGGCGUUCAAUGUGUUGCCUCAAAUAUUACUGGAAUAGUUAUAAAUGGUGCAAAUCUUGGAGGGCAACUAGGUGAUGAAUUAGGCAAUUUUUCUUCAAUAAGAACAAUAGAUCUGAGUAACAAUAAUAUUGGCGGUGGCAUACCAGAAAAUCUGCCUCUUACCUUGCACACAUUCUUUCUUUCAGCUAAUCAGUUCAUGGGAAGCAUCCCAAAUUCUUUAUCAAAAUUAACACUUCUGACAGACAUGUCAGUUAAUAACAAUCAUUUGACUGGAGAUUUGCCGGAUGCUUUUAGUUCUCUUACUGGUGUGAUAAAUUUGGAUCUUUCUUUCAACAACUUGAGUGGUCAGUUGCCACCUUCAAUGGGAAGCUUGUCAUCUUUGACUACCUUGCACAUGCAGAAUAAUCAGCUUUCUGGGAUCCUUAAUGUGUUGGAAGAUCUUCCUCUCAAAGACUUGAACAUAGAAAACAAUCUGUUUUCUGGACCUGUCCCUGAGAAGUUGCUGAAUGUUCCAAAUUUAAAAAAGGAUGGAAACCCAUUCAAUACCACCAUUGCACCAUCACCGGCGACGCCUCAAUCUCCACCGCUACUUUCUCAUUCGGGAGCUCCCAUUCCUUAUAUCACACAUACAAACUCUUCAGAUGGGUCAUCCAGUCAAGAAAGUAACCACGGAGUGAAAAAACGAAGCGUGUCAACCAUGAAAAUUGUUGGAUAUGUUUUUGUUGUGGUGGUUUUAGUUAUCGUCAUUGUGUUGAUGGUAAUCAUUUGCUUAUCAAAGUACCAAGAGAGGAAAUCAAAGAAAGAUAAAUUGUUCAAAAGCCAAGUAAGAAGGACAGGAAUAGGAUUCAAAGAGGCUAAAAGCAAAGAUCAUUUUGCAGAGACAAACAACAGAUUUAGGGAAGCUGCAAAAGAGGUUCAUGAAGAAAGAAAGAAGGAAUCUGGAGUUGAUAUUGCAGUGGCAGUUAUGAAGGACUCUGGAAAGGAGAAAGAACACAUAAUUGAUAUGAGAGAGACUGAUGUCAUUAUUAUGCCCCCACCACCUGUGGAAAAAGUUAUUGUAAAACCGAUUGUCACCAGUGGAAAUGUUGUGGGCCUUUCACCAGAGAUGAUGAACACUCCACCAACUCCUACGACAUCCUAUUCUGUUGCAGAACUACAACAAUACACAAACAGUUUUAGUGAAGAAAAUCUGAUCAGAGACGGCAGACUAGGCAAAGCUUAUCUUGCAGUGCUUCCUGAUGGAAAGCUCUUGGAAGUCAUGAAGCUUGACAAUGUUAACUCAAGAAUACCAGUUGGUGACUUUCUAGAGCUAGUAUUAAGUGUGUCCGAACUAAGGCAUCCUAACAUUCUUGAGCUUGUGGGGUAUUGCGCGGAGUUUGAUCAACGAUUACUUGUCUAUAAGUACUUUGGUAAGAAGACCUUGCAUGACAUUCUUCAUGCUGAAGAUGAUGUCAAUGGCAACCUAAAGUUAUCUUGGAGUGCCCGCCUUGAGGUAGCCCUUGGAGCAGCCAAAGCCUUAGAGUAUCUGCAUGAGGAUUGUCAACUGCCACUUGUGCAUCAGAAUUUUGAGCCUGCCAAUCUUCUCCUUAAUGAUGAGCUUGCUGUAUGUGUUACUGAAUGUGGCCUGUCUUCUCUAAUGUCAACCAACUCUGUGACUCAGUUGUCAGGUCGAAUGCGUGCAUUGUACAAUUAUGAAGCACCUGAAAUCAAUGACUCUGGACAACAUACUGAUAGGAGUGAUGUUUAUAGCUUCGGGGUAGUCAUGCUAGAACUUCUCACAGGACGCAAACCUCAUGACAGUACUCGCCCUCGUGCUGAACAACAUCUUGUGAGGUGGGCUAGUUCUCAGCUCUAUGAUAUCGAUGCCUUAGCAAGAAUGGUGGAUCCUUUAAUAUCAGGAAGUUAUCCUGUGAAAUCAUUAUCUUGCUUUGCUGAUAUUAUAAGCCGUUGCAUUCAGCAAGAGCCGGAGUUUCGGCCAGCCAUCACCGAGGUUGUUCAGGACCUUAAUCACAUGGUAAAGGAUGUGAAGGGUGCAGCAAACAAGUGAUGACCAUGUCUAGUCUAAGAAAGGGAAUUGGUUCCACAGGCAGGAGAAGAAUGCUAGGGUUACAUUAUUUGCUGCACCAAAUUACUUGUAAUCUUCUGCCUCCACGCCGACGAUCACAAUCCAUGAGGAAGAAUGGUGGCUCAGUCCGGAGCUUCUGUUGAUCCAUCAUCUGUCACAUUUAGCUUAUCACGUUAUUGCUCAACAUUAAUGUGAGUUUAUUAAUGUAAUGCCCUCUCUAUAUGGUAGUGUUAUGAAGCAGAAAUUUGCUCAUCAUAAUUCUUUGUUUUAAUCUUUAGUAUAUUGAAGCUGCAAUCUAUAUUAGAUUUCACUACAUGUGACCAAA